UCCCCAAAGAAAAAUAGGUCUCCAACUGCAGAUGAACUAGUUGGCAUUCACGGUCUGCACGGAGGGUGGGUUUAGCACGUGGGACAACAUGUUGGGGGGUGGAUGGAGUCACGACGCGCGACGCGGCGCAGUUCGUCACGACUUGAAAAGAAUCGCGGCGCGGCUUCAUCGGUGACGCGACAUUUGGAUGGAAUUUGGACUCGCACGCACCAGCAGCUGCAGCGGGAAGGCGCUUUAUUUGACACUACUUUUUGGGGGGGUUGGGUGGGGGCUGCAGUUCGUUUAGAUUUUAUUUUUAUUACCAAUUUUCAUACCCUCCCCCCCCCCCCACCCCCACCCCAAAAGAAAGACGACAUUUCACCGCAGAUUUUUCGUUUUUUUUUUUUUGCGCCUGAAGUCUUCGCGCUGUAAUUUAUAAAAACGAAGUGAAUUUCCCACCUGGGAGGACGCUUCUUUCACCCACCCACCUGCACCUGUGGACUCCUUUAAAAGAAAAAUAAAAGAACACACCAAGGACUUCUUUUGUUGUUGUGGUUGUUGUUGUUGUUUUCCUCCCACCCGACGCGUCCCUCGCGCGUCUGUCUUGUCGGAUGCGCGGCUGUUUUUUUGCGCCGGUCGCAGAGGUUUGGUGAGCUUCAGCGCCGCAUCCGCUUCGAACAGCUGCGGGUCGCCGCCUGUGGAUGGGCUCGGUCGGUGUCCGUGUCUCCAGCAGCUCCGAUAACUACCGGCAACAAUGGCAUCACCGGGCUUCUGGUCCCUCGGCGCGGAUAACGCGGGGGCCAACGCCGGGAGCCAGAGCCCCAGCACGCCCAGGGCUUGGUGCCAAGCGGCGGCCCAGAAAUUAUCCGGAGGAAUUGGAUCCAAAUUAUGUGCGCUCCUAAACGUCGGGGAGGGGGAGAAACCCGCCGAGCUGGCCGCCAAGCUGCCGCCGGAGAGCGAGGCGUCGGUUCCCUGCGGCUGCAACAAACCCUGCAACUGCGCCAAAGCGGCCGCGGGCUUCUGCGACCUCUACUCAACAGACCUGCUGCCCGCCCUGGACGGCGACGUCAAAACGAUGACCUUCCUGCAGGAAGUCGUGGAUAUUUUGAUGGCCUACAUCGUGGAGUCUUUCGACCGGGAAACCAAAGUAAUUGAUUUCCAUUACCCGAACGAGUUGCUCCAGAUGAACAACUGGGAGCUGCAGGGCGAGCCGGCCUCGCUGGAUGACAUCUUGAUCAGCUGCCGCGCCACCCUCAAAUACGCCAUCAAGACAGCCCAUCCCAGGUACUUCAACCAGCUCUCCACGGGGUUGGACAUGGUCGGACUGGCGGCCGACUGGCUGACGUCCACCGCCAACACCAACAUGUUCACCUAUGAGGUGGCUCCUGUGUUCGUGCUGCUGGAGUACGUCACUCUGAAGAAGAUGAGGGAGAUCGUGGGCUGGCCGGAGGGGCGAGGAGAUGGCAUUUUUUCUCCCGGGGGGGCGAUCUCCAACAUGUACGCCAUGCUGCUGGCCCGCUUCAAGAUGUUCCCCGAAGUCAAGGAGAAAGGAAUGUCAUCCGUUCCCAGGCUGGUGGCCUUCACAUCCGAACAUAGCCAUUUCUCCAUCAAAAAGGGAGCGGCGGCCCUCGGCAUCGGGACGGAGAGCGUCAUCUGCAUCAAGGCGGAUCAGAGCGGUAAAAUGAUCCCCGCCGACCUUGAGAGGAGAAUACUGGAGGCCAAACAGAAGGGCUUCGUUCCCUUCUUUGUGAGCGCCACGGCCGGAACCACCGUGUACGGAGCUUUCGACCCUCUCAUCGCCAUAUCCGACAUCUGCAAAAAGUACAGCGUCUGGAUGCACGUGGACGGUGCGUGGGGGGGAAGUCUCCUCAUGUCCCGGAGACACAGGUGGAAGCUGGAUGGAGUUGACAGGGCCAAUUCAGUGACGUGGAACCCACACAAGAUGAUGUCCGUCCCUCUGCAGUGUUCGGCCCUGCUGGUCAGAGAGGAGGGUCUGAUGCAGAACUGCAACCAGAUGCACGCCUGCUACCUGUUCCAGCAGGACAAGCACUACGACCUCUCCUACGACACCGGGGACAAGGCGCUGCAGUGCGGGCGCCACGUGGACAUCUUCAAGCUGUGGCUCAUGUGGAGGGCGAAGGGCACCAUCGGGUUCGAGGCCCAAAUAGACAAGUGUCUGGAGCUGUCAGAGUACCUCUACAACAAGAUCAAAGACAGAGAAGGAUACGAGAUGGUCUUCGAUGGGAAGCCUCAGCACACCAACGUCUGCUUCUGGUACCUCCCCCCCGGGAUCCGCUACAUGGAGGACAAAGAGGAGAGGAAGAAACACUUGAGCAAGGUGGCCCCGGUGAUUAAGGCCAGGAUGAUGGAGUACGGCACAACCAUGGUCAGCUACCAGCCGCAGGGGGACAAGGUCAACUUUUUCCGCAUGGUGAUCUCCAAUCCGGCGGCGACCUUCGAGGACAUCGACUUUCUUAUCGAGGAGAUCGAGCGACUGGGCCAGGAUCUAUAAGAAUCCCCCCCCCCCCCCAUACCCCCCCCCUGCUU